AACCUGAAUUCGUCCCCCACGAAAAAGUUCUAUUUAAAUCCCAAUCCCCGGUUUCAGACGAUAACUAGUGAAUGCAGCCGGUGAAAUACGAAGCAUUUCAUAAAGUAAAUUCAAGCGAUUUUACUACGGGCGAGGCAGCGAGGCACAGUGUUAAGUUAGUGUUGUGACUGUUGUGAGGUAGAUUUGGCAAUAAUGGCGGAAGGAAUUAAACGUAAUAUUCCCAUCAAAAUGGGCGACUUCAGUGUAAUCGAUACUGAAUUCAGCAGCAUAAGAGAAAGAUUCGAUGCUGAAAUGAGAAAAAUGGAAGAAGAAAUGAGCAAAUUUCGAUCUGAACUGAUGAACAGAGAAUCCAAUAAUUUCUUCAGGAGUACUACAAGCACUACCACGCAGUCAACUACAGGAUCUGAUGUAGCGCAAAAAGUUCCCUCUGGGGAUGUGAAGACAUGGUAUGAUGAUCUGAAUUCGCCGCUUAUUCAAGAAGAUGGAAACAGUAAAUGCCUCAAAUUGAGAUUUGAUGUUAGUCAGUAUGCACCAGAAGAGAUUGUAGUUAAAACCGUAGACAACAAAUUAUUGGUUCACGCCAAACACGAGGAGAAGUCGGAAUCAAAAUCGGUUUAUAGAGAAUAUAACCGAGAGUUUUUGUUACCUAAAGGAACAAAUCCAGAACAAAUAAAGAGUUCUUUGAGCAAGGAUGGUGUUCUCACUGUUGAAGCACCUCUUCCGGCUAUUACGGCUGGAGAAAAGCUUAUUCCAAUUCAACACUAACUCGAAUGGAACAACACCAAUUUUUAGGGUUCGGUGGAGCUUGUAGAGUAUGUCUUCAAGUAACAAAGUUUAAUCUAUAGUAUGCUGUAAUAUUAUAUCUUCGUAAUUUAUAUGUUCUCACAUUUUGCCUUGAAUAUGUUCAUGACUUGGUUUUCACCAUAUAAAUAAUUUAUUAUGUAAA